CUUGCUCGAGAAGCUGAAAUAUCGAAACAAGAAGUUGAUGAACUUAAACAGAAAAUGACAUUUUUGUACAGUGAAAUACUGGCAGAAAAACCUAUCAAUGACAAUGCAAAUCACAUUGAGACGGAAAAUUGCUCUGCCAUCCUUGGAGACGAGAUAACCAAUGAUGACUGUGUGGAACAAGACAUGAAGAGUGACUCAGAAAACGAACAUAUUGAAAAUCAUCAGAGUGAAGAAAUACCUAUGAAGUCAGAAGGGACACGAUUUGGAAAUGAAAUUGGGACACAUCCACAGGAAGUCCCAAUAAGGACUGAAGUAUAUCAAGGAAAUGACAUAACGACUUGCAGGGAAUUAAUGACAGAGGAAAAUUGCCAACUAAGGAAGGAAGAUCAUCUUUUCAAAGUGGAUGAUACUCUUAACUGUGAAACAGAAGCGAUCAACGUCUAUCGCUGGAGAAUCAAAGUCCUUGAACAAGAAUUGGAAAGAACAAUCGAUUACUUUCAAAUACAGAUUAUUUAUUUGAAGAAAAAUGCAAAUGACAAUUGGUGGGCAGCUCGGUUUGCCGAGAGAGAACUCUAUAACUUUAAGAAAGAAAAUGUAUAUAAAAGCAAAAAGAACCUGCUGAUCGAAGAACACUGCCACAUAGAGGAAAAAACCAUCUCAAUUGUUGAUGCAAAUUUCCAAUCUACAAGAGGAGUUGACUUAUAUUGUAAAAAAGCCAAAGAUACUGAAGAAAGAGUGCAAAGAACCACAGUUUAUUACCAAAGAAGGGUUAUUCAUUAUAAGAAAAAAGCCCACCAUAAUUGGUGGGCAGCUCGGUUUGCAGAGAGUACACUCCAUAACUUUAAGAAAGAAAAUGUAUAUAAAAGCGAAAAGUACCUGAUGGUCGAGGAAAACUGCCAGAUAGAUCAAAAGCCUGGUGUGUCAUUUGUGGAUGAAGAUCGUAACUAUAGAAGAAAAGAAAUCUUAAUCUAUAGAAAUAGAAUCAAUGAUCUUGAAAAAGAACUUCACAGAACAUUUCGUUAUUACCAGGAAGAGAUUGUUUCUGUUCAGAAAGAAACCCACAGUAAUUGGUUGGCAGCUUGUAUUGCUGAAAGUAGCCUGAAUGACUUGAAGGAAGAAAAUAAAAGGAAAAUGUACGUGAUGGUUGAAGAAUACUGCCAGAUAGAUCAAAAGCCUGGUGUGUCAUUUGUGGAUGAGGAUCGUAACUAUAGAAGAAAAGAAAUCUUAACCUAUAGAAAGAGAGUUGAAGAUCUUGAACAAGAUUUGGAUAGAACCAUUCGUAAUUCUCAAAGAUUGAUACUUUCUUAUGAGAAAGAAGCACAUAUCAAUUGGUGGGAUGCUUAUACUGCUAAAAAAAGCCUCAGUGACCUAACGAAAGAAAUGACUUCUGAUAUGUCAAUUUUAUCUGAAGGUGAGUUGGAAACUUUACAGAAAGAUCCUUACGUGCUUGAAAUUCCAGAUAAAACCUUUGACAGAG